AUGUAUUUAAAAUAUUGUCAAUUGAUUUUACUAUACAGUGUUAACUUUGUUAAUGGUUUUGGAUUUUUCGAUAUUGGAAACACUUUUAAUCAUCUUAAUAAAGAAUUGUAUUCUUUAGCGUCGGAUUGGAAUGGGGAUGUAAAAACGAGAUGGAUCGAACAGGAAUUAGAUCACUUCAAUCCGGAAGAGAAAAGGACCUGGAAAAUGAGAUAUUUUCAAAGGUUAAGUUAUUGGAGACCGAACGGCACUAUUUAUUUGUUAAUGGGAGGUGAAGGUGAAGCUUCAUCGCGUUGGACCGCAACGGGUAUUAUGUACGAAUUAGCGAAAGAAACGAAUGGUGCCAUGUUCGUUUCAGAACAUCGAUAUUAUGGUAAAAGUAAACCGAUAAAUACAACAGAUGUAAGAAACUUUAAGUUCUUAAAUUCGAGACAAGCCAUUGCGGAUAAUGUGAAACUGAUAAAGUAUAUAAAAUCGUGGAAAAUGCUCAAUAAUUCUAAAGUGGUGGUAAUCGGUGGUUCGUAUUCGGGAAAUUUGGCGGCUUGGACGAGAAUGCUUUAUCCAGAAAUAGUCGAUGCUGCAAUAGCCAGCAGUGGCCCAGUUUUAGCAAAGAAGGAUUUUUUUGAAUAUUUGGAAAAAGUUAAUGACAACUAUGAACAAUAUGGUACUUCUGAUUGCUUAGAUAAUAUAAGGAACAUUUUCAAAAGAUAUGACAAAUUGUUGCAGAGCUGCGAAGGUAUUAAGCUAUUAAAAGAGGAAGAAAAUAUCUGUCAAGAAUCCGAUUUGACUGAUCGAAAGAACCAGCAAGUAUUUUUUAGCUACAAAGUUGAAACAUUUGUGACUAACUCUCAAUAUGGAAAUACAAAAAUGAUUGAAAAUCACUGCAAAAAUUUGAAUGAAAGUUUAAAACACAAAAUACCACAGAAAACAUCAAAACCAAUCUUUUGGGUGGCCAGAAAAAGAUGUUACUAUUACGAUUACGAUACAAUGAUUGAAGAAUAUAAAGACAAAAGAAACGACUGGGUCAUGGCUUGGAUUUACCAAACUUGUACAGAAUUCGGAUAUUAUCAAACUACAUCUUCCAAAUCUCAACCAUUCACAGAUAAUAUCAGUUUAAAUUUUUAUACGGAAAUGUGUUCGAUACUUUUUGGAGCAGAAAUUGAUGAGAAAAGAAUUGAUGCUGGUAUUAAAUAUACAAAUGAGUUUUAUGGAGGACGUAGACCUAAUGUUACGAAAGUAGUUUUCACAAAUGGUGAUUUGGAUCCCUGGAGUACUCUAGGCGUUUUAGAAGAUUUGUCCUAUAACGCACCAGCGGUAGUUAUACCGCGUGCGUCCCACUGUCGAGACUUAUUUUCCAAUAGAAAAGAUGAUAUUGAGGAACUGAAAGAAGCUAGAAAACACAUAAAAUACUUAAUUAAAAAUUGGACUGAAGCUGGUGACUUUUUGUCUAUUUAGUAUUAGUUCACCAUUUUUAAAAACAGAUUUUCAAACAAGCGAUGAAGGAAAAAGGAAAUAAAAUAAUUGUAUAUUAAAA